GUCAAGAUCUCACAUCAGCAGGACCAGCGCGACGGCGGGACCUGCUCAUGAACACAUCCACACUUCAGCUGCUUGAUCGAGCUAGAUAAACCCAAGACAAAGGUGGGGGGCAACAGGAACAGCAAUUAAACAGAGCGUCUUUCUCUCUCAACUCCUGGUUUCUGAAAUCAGGGUGCAAGAAGUAAAAAUGGGGAGAAAGAAAAUACAAAUUUCUCGCAUCCAUGACCAAAGGAACAGACAGGUGACCUUCACUAAACGUAAGUUUGGUCUGAUGAAGAAGGCUUAUGAGUUGAGCGUGCUCUGCGACUGUGAGAUCGCCCUCAUCAUCUUCAACAGCACCAACCGCCUGUUCCAGUACGCCAGCACGGACAUGGAUAAAGUUCUGCUGAAAUACACGGAGUACAGCGAGCCCCACGAGAGCCGCACCAACACCGACAUACUGGAGACCCUCCGUAGGAAAGGCCCCGGACUGGACCCCGCGGAGCUCGACACUGAGGAGAGUCUCCAGGCAGCAGCGGAGAAAUACCCUCUCAGUGAGGGCAUGGAUCUCUCUGUGGCUCGCCAACGCUUCUGUGCUCCCUCGCUGCUCUCGCCGGAGGCCCAGUUCCUGGUGUCUGCAGCUUGUGAGAACGGUUUCCCCAACUCCUCUGCGUCCAGCAUGGCCUCACACAGGCCUCCGGGCUUCAAACCUCUGAGCUGUAGACCUGGCUCUGCCAGCCCUGCGGCAACACAUCCCCACGCUGCAUUCAUGCCUCCACAUGCAGGUAUCAGCUACUCUGUGUUCUCCCAUGGCAACCUGAAAAGCCCUCCCCCUCUGAGCCUGGGCAGUGAGAACCUGCGGGCAGAAGCUGCUAAUCAGGGCAUCGGGUCCACACGAGCAAACCACAACCCUGCUAGGGGUCUCUUGUACCAGGGUCUCCACGGCAGCAGCUCCAUGGUUGCCAUGGGGAAGGCGGGGCUGUUGAGUCACAGCUUAGGAGGCUAUGGCCUUCCCUCCCCCGGAGCCUCGGAGUACACCCAACCUGGUUUUUAUCAUUCGGUAAAUUUACAACGUGGAGCAGCGAGCGCGUGGCCGCCAGCGCAGCAUCCACAGCAGCACCACGGGCCUCAUAUUAGUUCAGGGAUAUCCAGCGGAGGGUGCUCCUUCCCCACUCAGUGUUGCUCUUCAAAUUCUCCACACUUGCCCUCCCUCAACCUCAGCAUCAAAUCAGAGCGCAGCUCCCCGGAGCACAUGUGCUCACCUAGCUCCCCUCCUCUACACCACCUCAGGCAUGAUUCUCCAAUGAGCAACCCCGAUUCAGCUCGCCAUAGCCCCCCAGAAACCCACCCAGCCAAUGGGACAAAGGUGUUUCCCAAAGGCAGCUACCAGCAGGAUGAAGAGGAAGAGGAAGGAGGGCAGUCACUCAGGCAGAUGGACAUGAGUGCCAGCUGGCAGAGAUAGCCAGCUGCUGCAGUCGUCCACCAGCAUCUCCCAUCCAGCGGCUACACCAGCAGAACCUGAUGGGGACCGGAUCUGCUCCCAGCAUCCCCGAGAAGGAUGGCCCUCUUCGUCUCCUCACACAGAGCUGGUCUCUCCCAGGUUGCAGAGAAGUCUUCUCUGCAUCAAUGUUUUGAUUCAAUGAGGAGACAGAUGCAUACAGAUGUUUAAUUUUUGUUUCCUUUUGGUGUACGUCUAUAUUUGGUGAAUGCAAAUUGAAAUCUGUUGAUUUUGUUCUGUGACUUUUCUGAUGCUACAGCAGAGGGACCAACCGGGUUACCCUGAGAGGGCUAAACACACGGACAAACAAAUCCGGCUGAAAGGGACAACGAUUCUUAAAUCUAUACACACUGUCCUAGACUAAAAAAACAUGAUAUAAAUAUUAGAAUCAGGCAUCUGAUCGUCAGUUGUUGCAGGGGUCUUGGCCUUUUCUGAAAAUGUACCUUCAAGGAAAUACUCUCAUUUUAUCUGAAUCUUUUUUUUAAGUGUUGAUAAGUAGCAAAUAUGAGCUGUUGCGAACUCAGACACAACACAAAAAAAAAUCUGUAUAAAAAAAUGUAUUUCAUUCAUAUCAUCAUAAACAAACCUUUAAUUUAAAAGAACAAUAAUGAAUUAAAUUGUAGUUUAGUUUACAUUCUAAAUGAAAGAAAAAUUCACGUGUGCCAGUGGGGGGGUGAACUUUUCGGGGUUUAGCUGUGUUCAUGCACCUAAAAUGACAGAAACUUUUAAAUGCAUCCAAAUAAUCGGUUUUCAAAUUAAAAUCUUUUUACACUUAAUAAAAAGGUUUUAAUUAAUAUCUGUAUUGAUCGUACUUAAAUUGGGACACAGAAUUGACUAAAUAAAUAAGACCGCAUUUAAAAUCAAUGAAUGAAAAUAGUCUGUUAAAGAUGAAAAACUAUACAUCUUUUUCCUCUAGACAGCAAACUACCUUGUGUAAGAUGUGUAUACACACUCCCCAAAUCAAAAUCAUUUAAAAUAAAAAGCAACAAGUACACUAACAGUAAGAUACAUAUGGCAUACACAUGUAUAUAGCUUUUUUUUAGAUCAUCACCCUUCCACUGACAGUGAGACAAUGAUAAAGAGCCCUAACAGCUUUCAUCUCUUCAUUUUGACACAAAUAAAGGGUUGAUAUCGGCAUCAAUACCUGCCAUGAUAAAUUCGAGUCGUGAUUGCAGACCUCCCACCCCCAGUAGAUGAUGCAGAGGCCGCCCCCCCCCCCCUGCCCAGACUGAAGGAAAGACCAGCUCUGGCCCGAGCAGAGCAUCAACCUUCAGACGGUAACAUACAUUUGAGCAUAAAAGUUCACUCUUUACUUCAGACAGUAAUUCACCCACAUACAUGAGGGAUAUGUUUGGGCCCCUUGUUGACAGGGUGAUGAUCAGUUUAGAGCGACAUUGGACUUUUGGUCAGUGGUAGCCAUCUUUAAGACAGACGUGUGAAAAAAAAAAAUGUGAGUAUGUCCUCUUGGAUGAUGGCUUUCUUUCAAGCUUCUGUUCAGCAUUAGUUUUUUUAUUUCUGCAAAUAAUCCUCCUUUUCUUGCUUUUGUUUUUAUUACAAUACUCUGAAAUACUGCAAUAGCCAUUUAUUCUCUUUUCUAUUUUCAAUAUUUGGUCUAAAUGGACCUCAAUAACAAUAAGCUGUAUUCAGUCACUCGUUUCUGCAGGGUUUCAUUUAGUAGGUGCAUGCAUGAUAAUACUGAGGUUCAGAAAUACAUGUAAGAAAUUGUGUGAAAUAUUCAAAGAAUAUUACAUAGAAUACAUAUUUUUAUCUUUACAACUGUAUAUCCAUCUUUAAAGUGUUUUUUGCACUGGAUAUCUGCAUGUGCUUUAGUGUGUUGAUUAUCUUGUGCACUGGACAAAAGAAAGUCUAAAUUCAGCUCACUUCCUCUUGUUGUCCUCAAGGGGUCAUCACAUGUUGCACCGUUACACUGAAAGGGACUGACGGUUUCAGAGCAGAGAAGACUGGCCUUUGCCAUUGAUGAUUUGCUAUUUCUAAAUGAGUGUUUAAUACAUUUCAGUUUAAUAAGUUCCUGAUGACACUUAGCAAACACGUCAUGACAAACUCUGCAGCGAUUCAGGCAGGAACCUGGCCAUGGUCCUUACGUGCAACUUCUGCUGUGGAAUUGGUUUUCUUUUACUUUUCUUGUGCAGGUAAUAUUAGCAUGAAAAAUAUGUCAAUGUCAGUGUUCUUACUUUUGGGUUGAGUUUUUUCUUUUCUUUUCUUCUUUUUUUUAUUAUUUCUUACAUUUGCUGAAUUCUUUACUAGCAGAACAGAGAAAGAUGUCUAUUCUAUAUUUGC